AUGGAAGGCUGCUGGACUGUGGGCGUCAGCUUGGAGCUGGCCUACACGUUCCCUACGCUGCUGGAACUCUCCACCGAAGAGAUCGUGGCUGUCUGGGACGCUGUAUCUGAUUACAUUCUGGAGCAGAUGAAGCUGGACAAGCCAAGGGAUGCUGGGAAAUACGAUGCGGAGGCGACUGUCUUGCAGGGAGCACAGAUUUUUCCAGAGCCUCCCAGGGAGCCCCAUCUCACCCCGCUGUGCGUCAGGAGGAGUCCUGGUUCCGGGACUCGGGAUCUUUGCUGGGGUCCGAGAGGAAGUCCACAGCAAAGACGAGGGGAUUCCGGUUCGAAGGCCUGUCUUCCAGCUGGACAUCGGGGUGCUGUGGCUGCAGGACCUCCAGUCUCCAACGACAUCAUCCCUGACGAUGUCAAGAUUGAGCCGCUCAACUACCGGCAGCUCUCGCGAGCCUCCGGCGUCCCGCUGCACAUGGUGCCGCGCUGCGUGCGAGAGAGCAUGCUGCUCUACUGCCACCUCCUGAGGAACAAGGAGCCCGUCUCGUUCGUCUUCAAGAACAUCGGCGUUAUGACGUGCCAAGACGACUUCCUCCUCAUGAGGUUCUUCUGCAGCUGCAUUGCAGAGCUGGAGAGCAACGCCACCGUCCUCACGCUGUUCCACACUAGAUUCUGGACGGACGAUUCUGCUGACUUCGGGCCAGCGUCCGCCGCCCGUGGGAUCCGGGUGUUCCCGAGGUUUCAGCUCACCGUGGAAGAGAGCAGAGCAGAGGCCGCCACAGAAAAGGAAGCCGCCGUAGAGCAGAAGCUGAGUAGAGAGGGCUCUGUUGGCAGGCUGCUGCAGAGGCGGAAGACACUUCCCCCCUCCAUGCUGCUGCAGCGCAAGCCGAGCUCAAGGCAGCAAGAUGUGGCGAAGGAGCCUUCUGCCAGCGCGCUCCCGCCGUGUGCAGGCAGCUCCCGCGGGACGAAGAAAGCGGGACAGAAGAAAGCGUCGACUCCUGCCCAGACCGGCGCUGCACUCCCUGCCACAGAGGAGUCGAAGAGACUGCUGCAGGAGCUCCGGGAAGCGUCUGCACCGUGGAAAGCAGUAGAGCGCACGUGGCCCGUGCACCGGCAGCAAGCAGAGCGAGCACGGGCAGAAAUGGCGGUAUGGGAAGGCUGGAGCGCAGGGGAGGACCCGCAUCCGCCCCAGCUGCUGUCAAGGGAGAGCAUGCGUGCUCCGCGUCCUCCAGCCCAGCCCAGGGGACAGCGAGUGGGGAGGAGGUGCAGGAAGGACGUGGAUCUGGUGCCGGGAAGUAAAAUGGGCACGGCCACCAAGCUGGCACUGCAUGCAGACCUCCUAUCCCCGCGAGCGGCUCAGGUGCUCCAAAGGUUGGAGCCGCACCUCCACCAGCAAGAGGCUUUUGCCAGCACCGCCGAAAAAAACCGGCACAAGCUGGAGCUGAAGCGGCAGCUCCCCUGUGCUCGAUGCUCGGUGCGCUCCAGAGGGGAAGGCGCAGCCAACGGUGCUGCCGGCGGUGGAGCUCUCGGCACGGGGGCUGGGAAGCUGUCCCGAUUUCCACCUGUGAACGGGAGGUCGUAGAAUCAAAGACUCGUGGAAAGGCCUGGGCUGAAAAGGGCCUUGAAGAUCGUCGAGUUGCAACCCCCUGCUAUGUGCGGGGUCGCCGACCGACCUCCGGACCGGGCUGCCCAGAGCCACAUCCAGCCUGGCCUUGGAUGCCUCCAGGGACGGGGCGUCCCCCACCUCUCGGCAAGCGCUUGCAGCACGUCACCACCCUCCGCGUGAACAACUGCUAACAUCUCGCCAAAUUCUGCCCCCCUUUCACGGUGUAAAACCGUUCCCCUUGUCCUGUCACGGUCCAGCCUCGUCAACGGCUGUUCCCCCUCCACUUUAUACCCUCCCUUCGAGAACUGGAAGGCCGCAAUGAGGGCUCCCCGCAGCCUUCUCCUCACCAAGCUAAACAAGCCCAGUUCUCUCCACCUUUCUCCACAGGAGAGCUGCUCCAGCCCUCGCAUCGUCUUCGUGGCCCUCCUCUUGACCCAAGAGCUCUGCGUCCUUCUUGUACCGGGGGCCCCAGCCCUGGACGCAGCACUCCCAAUAGAAGAAAUAAAUUGGCCUUAUUUCCACUCGGUCUGCUGGUGUC